UGACACUGUAUAGCAAUUAGGCCCCCAUGAGUCCGUUUCUGUUUUGUUUUUUUAGUGUCAAAGGAAGUUAAAGAUGUUGUAGGAGGUGUGCUAAUUGUGAUAAGGCUGCGAGACAUUAGUAAUUUUACAAGUAUUUGCACAAGGAGAAGUCAGCAUUUAAAGAAGAAGAAAGUUAACUUCUCAUUGAUUUAAACUGAAAAUGGACUCAGCUCAGCUCUCUGGAAAUGUAAACUAUGAAAAUGAUAUUCAGCCUAUGCCCAUUCAAUAUGAAACUGGAAUGCCAACUGCUCAGGAUCCAGAUGCGGGCUCACCAUAUCAGGGUAUCAGGACUGCUAUGAGUAUGAAUUUUGGAGUGUUCAAAGAACCUCGUGGGUUGAUGCGUAUACUCCAGUUUAUAUUUUCAAUAUGUGCAUUUGCAUCAACAACAGGAUUUUCUAGUUUUGUGGCAAUUACAGUUGCAUGUGAUAAAGAAGAACAUGAGUACAGACUGGAGUACUCAUAUCCUUUCAGGUUGGAUCGUGUGGAAUGUAAGAUUGCAAACUGCAGUACAAAUGACAGUUUACAUUUAUUUGGAGACUUUUCAUCAGAUGCACAGUUUUUUGUUGCUACUGGUGUGCUGUCAUUUCUGUACUGUAUUGGCAUAGCUGUUGUGUACAUUAUGUUUGAUGCAGUGUACCAAAAUAAUGGACUGCUCCCCUUGGCCGAUUUCUUCUUAACCGUUACCUUGGCAGUAUUUUGGCUAUCUGGUAGUGCAGCUUGGGCUAAUGGCUUGAAUGGAUUGAAAGGAACAUUGCACAGCAUCAGUGAUAGUUCUCAGUGUAAAAAGAUAUGCAAAGUCAUUAAAAUUGGAAGUUUUUCAGAGCUCACCAUUUCUGUGAUUUUUGGUUUCUUGAAUUUCUUCCUGUGGGCUUCAGAUUUGUGGUUCUUAUACAAAGAAACGCCGUGGUUUAAGUUGAAGCAAAGUACAGGUGUCAACUCAGCUGCAUAAGUCUCUGUAAGGAGUCACCGCAACCAGCAGAGUUGGAUUGUUUGCAAGAAAUAUUGUAUGCUAAUUGAUUUCACCAAAAAUGUAUAUUUUGUAUUAACGUAACUUUCUGAUUCAUUAGGGCUCAGAAUUAUAGUGGUGAGCUAAUGGUAGAAGAUAUAUUGUAGUAACCUCAUAUUUAUGUUUAUCAUUAUAAAGUACUUUUUCCUUUUUCAAAACAGUUUUAUUUUGAUUUAUGUGUUAAGUAUCUGUUUUAUAAACCCUGGCUAAAUGCCUACUGCUGUCACAUGUCACUCAUCUGCAAGAAAAGUGACGCAAGUAAUAAAUGGUAAGUUUCCAGCGGAGGUUUUGAAAAUUUGUUCAUAAAAAUUAUACAGGGUCCGUGUGUGUGCGUGCAUGUAUACGUGUGUGUAAAAUUAAUACGAGGUGUUCGGAUAUUCUACAUACAACUUUACUAUACUAUAGGCAUUAUUAGCCCACACUAGUUUCAUAUUCAAAAUGAACUCCUUCAACCCCUGAGAAAGUUCACCCUUUUGAGUUGUGACAUUUUUCAUGUACAUAUUGAAACUGGUACUGGGAAUAUCACAAAAAAGUAAAUAAAUUUUAGUACAUUUCAUGAAAAUUAGAACAUUGCUCCAUAACGAUACAUGGCUAUUGAGUACCGACAUUUUUCUUCAACAGUUACUCGAGUAUAGUACAACUUCCAUUGUGUUGCUGGAUACUGAAUUUGCUUUAUCUUCUAGGUAUUUCAUUAGGUAGGAUCCAAUUCUGUUUGCACCUCUGUUGCCCUUCGCCUUGUGCCUAAGAAAGCAGUCAACUUCCUUGGUUUGAAAAUCGUACACAGUAACAGUAUUGAGAUUUGAUUUAUAGCAAUGUAUUGAAAUCUCACCUUCUGUGCAUGGCUGGACAAUUUGGAGGUCAGAACUGGCUACAGUAAAGUUGUGUUUAAUAUUCUGUUUAUACUUAGCGUACUCUGCAUGCUAUGUUUUCCUUAAUUUGGUUUCUUACUCAAAUCAUUUGCAUUAACAUGCAGUUCACACACAUCACACUGGUCCCUAUUAGGAGAAGGGAAAGAGAUGUUCUGCUCUUCAUGAAACAUUUGACUAUAAUUUGUGAGGGUUUGACGGUUGUUUUUGCACUGAGCAAUGUAAUCACAAUGAAGAUCAGAUAAAGAUUUUAUACAUUCUCUGACUCUUUGAGUGUUGUUUGUCUGUGUAUAGUGGCUUGGAAUCCUUGGAAUCAAAUUGAUGUGCUGCAAACUUGUUUAAUGUUAGCAUGGACUUUACUAUGUUUCCCAUGUUUGCUCUUAUCAUCAUCCAAAGUAAUCCUUUGGUUCCCUUAAUUUUUUCUCAGAUCCAUUGUGUAGAGAUCUGUCCACCAUAUCUAACAUCAGUUUGAAAAAUAUUCUGCAGCCAUGAACUUGCUGUUCACUUAACUGGAAGAAGACUGUGUGGUUCUGGGGCCACUUGCUGCAUCUCUGCUUCAGAUUUCUUGUUUUCACGUAAUACAUAGCUACUCUUUGUACUCCAAGUCUGUAAGACUCCAGUAAUUGGGAAACAUUUGUUGCUGAUCAUAUUAUAGUUUUUAGGUAGCAUUACAGCUUACAUUUUUAGAGACAACAUGUCUGCAAUUUUCUGGUGUCUCUAUGAGCUUGACAUGCUUGCUUACCCACACUUUCUGAGAUGUUUUGUGACAUCUCUUCUCCAUUCUGAGGGAUCAGAUUUCUGCUUACUGCCUUUUCAUUGUGUAUCAGUUUCUAUACUUUCCUCUUCCUUGUUGGCCACUCCAGGUCCUUCAUCAGUGCUGCUUAAUGAACUACUAGAUGACUGAGCACAAGAAUUGGAUGUAUAAUCCUGAUCUGUGUCAUCAUUGUGCAGAAAAAAUUCUUUCACUUGCAACAAAAAUUCAGAACACAAUUAGGGGAAAUAACUUUCAGGACAAAAAGAAAGUGAGACAAAGUACUGCCAUAAAAGUUCAAAAUUUAAAUAAAAUCAUUGAAUUCCUUCCAGUAUCAAAUUUUUUUUUAUGGAAAAUUGUUACUCUUUGAACCUUGAUCAUCUUAUAAAGGAAUGACUUAUUCAUUGUCCAAGUGUUCUUGCCCGGAUGUACUUUUAACUGAUUCAUUGGCGAGAUUAAUACAUUCUUCCCGUGAGUUGAUGUUGGGUUCUAUUUCUGAAUUACGUUUUUGUUCUGAGGAGCUGAUAAUGGGUCUGUUCUUAUAGGUUUCUUGGUACCAUUAAUUGUCAUUUGUGCUCCUUCUGACUCCUGGUUUGUUCUUAUUGUCACUUUAAGAUUAACUUAGUUCAGUCUGACAACAUUGAAAGAAUGACUGGCACGGAUCUAAAAUUUGCAAGAAAAUAGUACACACACACACAGGAAUUGAGAGAAUUAUAUUUUAUGGGGGAAAAUGAGAUAACUUGAAAUUAAAAAGUUGCAACUCAGCAGUUUGUGUUUAUUAAAUGAAGAAAAGUGUUUAAUCUUAAAAUGUGUCAGACAAUAUAUAGUUUAAAACUUACUUAUAUAAUUGACAAAACUGUUGCAAUUCAAAACAUGCCAUUCUUGAAGGCUGUUGUAUUCUUGUUCGCACUUAUUAAACACAAACGGUUUUAAAUCUACUUAAGUAAUUUUUCUUGAGACAGGUGUGACCUUCAGUUAACACAAAAUGCAACUGAGAUGUGGCUUUCAUGAUUCUUAUGCUGCUACUCUGUCCUGAGAGAAAAACAACAUUACUGCUCUCUGCUGGCUGUCAUUGAAAUUUUGCUUGUGAUACUUUUCCAGAAAAAAAUGUUACUCUUCUGCUGUACUUUGUAAUAUGCAAAAAUAGCCAUUUUUUUAUUUCUGUCACUUUUCUUGUGGAUGAGUGGUGUGGUUCUGUUCUCUCAUUUGUCAUAAUUCCUACCUGAUGUAUCAUGUUACUUUCAUAUAUUGAGUGUAAAUAUAUAAAGUAAUAGUUAUCUCAUCAAGAGAAAAUUAUAACAUAAAACAUGCAUCAUAAAAAUAUUUUAUAUACAUAAUUCAUCCAAUGCCAUUAGUGUUUCAUUUUGAGGCAGCUUUUUCCUGCUGAUAUUAUUGUUACUCUUACAGUUUUGAGUAUUAAAAGUGCUGUUGAGUAAUAUUUAUUUAAUUGCUGACUAGCUGUUCUUGCAAGAACAUUUCUCAAGCCUACUGAGCUGAUGAAACAAUUUACUGCUGCCAUUCAAGAGAAGGAACUAAAAGCAUCUGUAUAUUUGCAUUGCUCCAGAGUAUUCUGAAUUAAAAUACUGUUAUAUGAGAUCAUUGUGAUGGUCUCACUAUCAGAGGCAUUGCUAUAACAUUUCAAAUAGCUGUACUUAUGACACAAACCUAGUUGUUUGGAAGGAUUGCUGUUUGUAUUUAAGAACUGAACACAUUUUGUUCUCUGAUCUCUUAUUCUGUUGUUAUUUUCAACAUGUGCGAUACUGCAGAUUUGUCCUAUCAGUUGCAACAAGCUAAGUAAAACAAGCAACACCCAAUAAACUGGCAAAUGUCACCUUCAGUUGAGAACCAUCCCUGAAUACACAAGUAUGUUCACUGUUUGAAGCGCACUGAGUUGUGUAAUGUUUCAUGUAUCACCCACAUUUCAGGGCCCUUAAUUUCUCAGUUGUAUUCAAAUUUGACAGGAAGAAGAAGAAGGCAGAAAAAAUAUCCAGAUAUUGGUACUUUUUUCCUCUUUCCUCAUUGCAGUAGCAAAUAAUGGAAGUGUAGAAAUUAGAUGGUGUUAUUAAAAUUACUGUUUCUGUAUUACUUAACUUUAGUCUUAAGUACUUAAUUUGAUGGAUAUUAAAAAAAUACAUCUCUUCUCGUGCUGGGGAAUCUUCCAAGAAAUGUACCAAGUAAUAGAACCAGACUGGAUUAAGUCAUUUUAUUAUCACUUUAACCAAAAUUUGAAAUGUGUUGGUAUAACAUUUUUAUAUUUUCAUUUUGGCUUGAAACAGUGUGCUGUUUCUGAAUUGUCUUCUCCAAAUAUUGUGUUCUGUAGAUAAUGUUAUGAGGUUUGUUGUUAAAUAUGAACAUGAAUGCUGUGUACUGAUUUAAUUUCUGCAGAAAAAUAGUGCUUGAGACAAAUUUCUAGGGCAGCAGUUCCUAUAAACAUUUGAAUUGUUGCAAUAAGCAUCUUUCAUAUCUCUGUUGUUAAAGACUUAUCAGAUAUUAACUACAUUCAAAAACUGAAAGUGACAAAACACCCAAAAAUUUAAACACAAUUUAUAGCGCUAAUAAAUGGAACAGCUAUAAGGCUUGUUGAAGAAAGCAUCGUAUGCAGCGUAUGGAGUGUUUUUUUAAUCGCCAGUAGUCAUAGAUGUAGUGAUGUAGACAGGUCUCAUAAUGUUAGACAUGUGUUUUAGCAUUAGGUUACCCAAUUUUGUGAAUGUUGUACUUGUGUACAAUUUAAUUUGAUGCUGAAAAUGUUCAUAAACAGUAAUUUGGGGAUGAAAACAUAUUUUGGAGUGAUAGAUGUGAUGAUACUUAUAUUUUGUGGAUCCGUGUAAAUAACUUAACUGAAUAAUGAUAGAAGAGUUUGGAAUGCAGUAUACAGUAACAAUAUUGUCUUCUCUCUCUCUUCUCAUUGUGCUGGGCUGGAGUGUACAUCUGAUACCAGUUUCAGUGCAGACAUUUUGAUAUGUAUGUGUGUGUGUGUGUGUUAGGAUUCCAUAUUAUCAUUCCAUUAAAUCAAGUUGGGGACUAAUGAUUUGGUGGACUGACUGAAGUAUGUAACUAAUAAUACUGAAAUUAGCACUCUAAUAUAUAUUCCUGCAUGAAUGUAAUUUCAUGAACAAGUAAUGACCAAAUUGUGGCAUCUGCAACAGCAGUCCAGAUACAGGGAAGUUGUAUAGUUGCAUUUGAAGUCUGAAUAUUGUUGUCUUCCUGUGCCAUGAGCUCACAUAUUAACAAUGAAAGCACUGUACAAUAUUAUUUGCACAUUUAUGAUAUGUUAAGGGCUAAAAUGGAAAAGAUUUGGUAACAUGUUGCUUUCAAUAGUGCAAUGCAUUCAGUUGAAUGGUAUUAGUUGAUGUUUAAUAAUAUUAUUGAUUUCAAGUAUAAAAGGAUGUUUCUUCAUUUCAGACAGGUGUGGAAAUCUCUUCAGAGUUACAGGUGCAGAUUAAUACAGUUAUAAAGCCACAUUCACAGUUGUGCAGAUAUUGCUGUUGAUGAAACAGAUGCAACACACAUCUAUUUUAUUUACAACAGUUGUACAUGGUUGUGAAAAUGGGCAGAAUCUAAUGCCUUAUUUUCUUGAAAAGGCCACAGACCUGAAUUUUUAAGACAACAAAAAUUUAAAAAAAUUAAAGUAUUAAACAUUAACAAAACAUCAAGCAUUAACAAAGAUGUUAAAUGAUAAACAGUGCCACUACAUUUGCAGUUCAGGAGACCUGGUUCCUGCAACAUGAAAAUGAUUCAGUAUUAGCGUUCGUUGUGGUAUUUCAUCUUUAUUCUUUAGUGACUUUUUCACAUAGAACUUGCUAAUUAGAAACAAAGUUAUGUACCUACAGUAUUUUAUUCUCCAUUACUUUCAUCAUCAUAAUCAGCAGCAGCAGCAGAGCUCAUGCAGUUGUCAUCACUAUGCUGAACAAAAUACAAUCCCAUGCAUCUUUUAUUUCUAUUUUUUCACUCACUUUGAAAGAUCAUAAUUGCUUACCCUUUGUACUCAUUUUUCUUCACUCUAAAUCAGAAUUGAUAUGUGAUGUGUGCGAGGAUGAUAGCUAACAGAGGAGUGAGCUGCUCACCUGGGAUGUAUGAGAGUGCUCAAUAUGACAAAUGAGUAGCACUGUUAACUUUAUGCCAGUAAGCUGUGCACACUUCUUUUUUGGCACAACUUUUUUAAAUGCUCGAGGGGUAUUCGAGAAAAUAAGGUAAUAUUUCAAAUGUUGUGAGUUUAGUGUAGAAAUCUGGAUGAAGUAUGUGUGCAUAAAGAAAAACUCUAGUUGAAAUUUUCGAGUUUUCAUGGUAGUGAAGAUUCAUAUUGUGGUCUUUUGGGUUGUUUUGUAGGGUAUAAACUUAUAAUUUUUUAUGGAAUAAAUGUCGUGAUGUGAAUUUGCAAGUUUGGAGGACAAAUUAAUAUUAUAGUUGGUUGUAGUACUGCUAUCUCCAGGAUUUAAAAGCUCUCUGUUAGAUUCACUGCAGUACAUUGUGGUUAUAUGGCUUGCCACUCACUGUUUAUGCUGCUGAAUUCUGAAAGUGUAAGUGCAUGUGCCCCUGAUCAGUGCUGUCAAAACGAACUGUCAUGAUGUAAUUUUUCUUCUGCCAUUUAUUAUACCUUAAUGUUUAUUGCAGUAUGUGACAUCAGAUUUUCUUUUGAGCUCUGUUAGCAGUUGAUACCCAUAGUGAGGUGAAUAUACCCUGAGAUAACAUUGUCCCAGAAUUAGAACUUUUAUAUGCAGAAGCAGCACAAAUUCCAUCUGAUAAAUCUUAAUGAAGAUUACUUUUUCUUAUUUCAGCUGUUGGACACAAACACAACAGAAAACUUGUGUGUUCACAUGUAUAUACAUAUCUGGCAUGGCAGUAAUACUCAUGGUCGUCCUAGUCAUUGAAUAGACUUAAUUAUAUUACAUUCAGGACACACUAAUGCCAAUACAUUGUUGUCAUUACCCUUAGUCCUGUCCUUCAUAUAGUUCUGUUACACUAGUCUGACACCCGUUAUUGUCUUACACCUUAAUAACUUUAAAAAUUCUUUUGAACCCAUAUCACUUCUGUGUAUGUAUCACUUCAACUCAUUUCGGUAGUAACAUCAUAAAUUUAAACUUCACUACUGUCUCCCUAAAUUGACCUUUGAAUAUACCAACUUUUAAGACAGUAUGUAUAAAAUAUUUUCAUUAAGCAUACUGUAAUUCUAAAAGCAUUUGUAUUGAUGUAAGUGGGAGGUGACACAUUUUUGUAUACAAGCUCUUGAUUAUAAGAACUGAAAGCUAUAAAAAUGUACAAAUUGUCACAGUUGAGUGGGUAACGUUUGGGAUGUCUGAGGCCCAAAUUUUGUCCUGGAAACUGUCCUGACUGAGGAUUUCGUAAGCUUGCAUAAUACUUUGCAUUAGGCCUGAUUGUUUCCUUUCAAAUCCUUUGCAAUUACCUAAUUCUAUAAUUCAGUGCUGUAUAAUCUAAGAUACUGACAGCAUCAUUAAAUAAACAAUAUAUAUAUGUAUAAAUGAAGAGUGUGCUCUUCUUUGUUGGAUUGUAACAUCAUGGAGAACCCAACAGUUUGUGGAAACAUGGCCUUCUUCAGGGUUGAAGAGUAAGCCUAGCAAGAAACCAGAAGCAGAUGGCAAGCUGAGAAGCAUUGGACUUCCUCAGAACUGUGUGGCCUUACCACCCACAAUACAAUGCUCUUCGUAGGCACUGCCAUGACAAUCUAAAAUCCAACAAAUACAAAAAUGUAAGACUUCUCUUUCCAUGAGCGUAAUGUUCCUUGCUCAGAAUCUAUUUAUAAAGUAAAAAAGUAUAUUCAUCAUGUAUAAAAACCGGAAUAAUAUUAAAGAUACAUCAUAAACUGCAAAAGCAUGAUUUUGAAUUUGAAUAACAAAAAGAUAUCAAAACACCAGCUUUCUGUUGUAGCCCGAUUGUAAGUGAAAUAUCUGUUAGCACUUAAUGGCGAUGAAUUCUGCAGUUUUCCCAUGCAGAAGAAUCUGCACUGCAGUUUCAGGAACUUUUGUUAUACAUCAUGGCAUAAUCUGGUGUGAGCACAUCUCGUUACCAUUGUAAUAAAACAUUAAGUUUACAUGCUCUUUGUUGUCACACUGAUAUUGUUUCAUUACCAUGG